AUGAGACUUUCACAGCCAGUCAUUCAGCUUCUGGCACUCUGCCAGUUUGCUUCAGCUUCACCAUGCAAGCCCUCGUCUUUAUCAAGUACCCUUAUCACACCUAAAAGCAGUGAUAUCGAAUUUUCGGCAACGCUAUCAACGGAAACAGCCUUAUCUACCACUCUAGACUACAGCGUGACGCUUCCGGAGACCGAAUCAACCUCUGGCUCGACUGAGUCUAGCGCUCUAGUAUCAACAUCGAUUGCUGAGCCAACAACCACAGCUGAAGCAACAGCAGACUCAUCAUCUUUAAGUGAUGAAACGACGACUAUCACCACUGCUCUGGUCAGUCCUACUACUGGCACCGGCAUAGAGACUACUACCUAUGUAGAGACUACUGCUGCUUUAGAGACUACAACCAUAGACACUACAACUGCCCCAGCUACCGCAGACACAACCUCGGAGACGACAACCGCAGACACAACCUCAGAGACGACUACCGCAGACAUAACCUCAGAGACGACUACCGCAGACAUAACCUCGGAGACGACAACCACAGACACAACCUCGGAGACAACAACCACCAGCGACAUCCCAAAGCCAUCUACCUGUGCCGAUUUGAAUAACCCAUACACAGCCACCAAUGGCAUCAGCUUUAGCAUCUCCUGUAAUGUUGAUGUUGGUACUUACGGUAUAUAUAGGUUGGACCGUAACAUACCUAGUUUGGUCGCUUGUAUAGAGGCUUGCUCACCGGAGGCCGCCUGUGUUGCUGCGAACUAUGACAAAGGCGGCCGCCUCUGCUAUUUGCUUUCACAAGCUGAAAGUCCCUAUGAUACCACUCAAUACGACACUGCAUACAAACAAGCUCAAUAA